UAUUUUUCUUCGGAAUUACUACGCAUCGGAGUCGCGCGCGAUUGUUAUGCGUGCGCUCUGCGUCUCGCUCGGCUUUCUCGUGAAGAAGGAUCGCUCUUAGUUAGACCGCGUCUGGCUCGAUUGCGACUGCGAUUCUCUGGACGAACUUUCACGUGCAAAAUGUCAAAAGUGCGCGUCUCCAAUGGAAGUCCGACGCUGGAGAGGGUGGACGCGAGGCAGGCGGAUCACGCCAAACCGCCGGUCUGCAGAAAUCUCUUCGGCUCCGUGGAUCGCGAAGAGUUCGCGAGGGACGUCAAGGAGCAAAUGUUGGAGAUGGAGAAAGCGUCCAAGGAAAAAUGGAAUUACGACUUCGACAAAAACGAGCCGCUCGCGCCUGGCGACUACGAGUGGCAGGAGGUGGACGCGAAAGAGGUGCCGGAGUUUUACACCAGACCGCCUCACGCAAAACGGGAUACAUCCACCGGGACUGUGGAUCAUAACGGGAACCACGACUAUUUGUUGACAACGAGCGUACAGGGGGACUCUGACAACGCGGAGCACGGGAGUCGCUCGGAUUGCCGAACGGCGCUGACCACGCCGAGAAAAAGACCGUCGACAGAGGAUCAGGAUCUUCCUUGCCAAAGCAAAAGAGCCAACGUCCAAGCGACCGAGGCGAACUGCUGUCCAGAGACGAGUUCGCACGCGCCCAGCAAGUCGGAUCCCAAAACGUAAACAAGAGACAGAUGAAGAAGACUAUAUUCUCCAUCAAAUACUUCAAGAGCUUUAUGAAGUAAACAGGGACAGCGGUUGAAAAAUACAAAUCGAGCCUUGGACAGGCUGUAUAAGCACUGAAUUUUUACACUAAAGUUUUGGCACUCGACAGAAUAUAUUUGCCUCAAAAGCAGACAAUGUAGCAGUGUGCAAUUGGAGUUUCGUUUGUUCUUUUACUACCUAUGUAUAUACUUUCAUUUUAUAUGUAGCACAUUUAAAUGUAAUAUUAAGAUUAAAAAAACACAAUCAUUUAUAAAUGGAGUGCGUUUGACUUGAAGAAUUGCUGUGCAGUUUUCAAAACGUCUCCCCAAAAUGAACCCUUUUAAAGUAAAUAUAUCUAUGUCAAAUACAAACACACAGACACACACACACCCACACACACACACCAUUUCCCUUUAAUUAGGUUAAACAAUCCCAUUGUCUCAGUUUUGGCUGGCUCAGGAUGUUGACAGUCAGAAAUACACCUUCAUGUGUAUCAGUGUUGUGCUCAACAGCAGCAGCACAACCUUGAACAUUUUUUUAAGUUGCACAAAUGUCACUCUUUGAAAAGCAUUACAGACUUUUUAACCCUAAAUUAAAAUGAUUCGAUAUUUGCAUUGAUACCCCUCAUGUUUACUGGUACUUAUAUAUGAUUUUACCAGCCAAAGUUACAGCACGUUGGGCAUGUGGUGUUCUUCUCUGAAGGGACUGUGACUCCUAGUGCGGUAUUAAGGGUUUCAUGCUUUUUUACAGUAUUAUUAUAUCCCCGGGUUAUUCCACUAAUUUUAUUUCCUCUUAUUUUGCCAUAAUGAUGUAAAUUCUCAUGAACUACAAAUCCUACUGAGUACACAUUGAAAAAUAGAUUUUCUUUUUUUUUUUUUUUCAAUUUUAUGUUUUUCUAUUCAUUGCAUUGCUGUGUAGCAUAAUGUUUAUAUAAAUAUAUAUUUCUUUUUUUUUUUCUUUAACACUGGGCCAUACAAUUAAGAACGUUAGUCCAUGAAGCCACUUCUUUGCCACAAUAUAUUUGGCUUUCGUGUUGAACAUGACAUGGCACUAUGAAAAAAAUAUGUAUAAACCGGCAACAUUUUUUAAUUAAGACGUUACACUGCGUGUGUGUAAAACAUUGAAGUGUACCUGUGCGUACUGCUUUGUAAAGAAGAAAAACAAUUACAACAAAACAAAAACAAACAAA